AUGUAUGCAUGUGAACAUGUAGCCUAUCGAUGUGAGCUGUUACGGCCGUCGGUACGGUUGUCCCCAUCGAGUUACGGUACGGUGCCCUUGUGUGGCAAUCUCCUUAAAGUCCUGAUAUGGUCGUGCCCUUGUGAGGUACGUAAGUCCAUAUGGAAGGCCGUGUCCGUUACAGUGGCACGUACUCCCGCCUUCGGAAACAAAUCAAUUAACAACUUCAAAGAAUGUUACGAAACUACUUGCAUGACAUGGUUGGAUAAAAGUAAUAUGGGCGACGUGCACUUGGUCUCUCAUAGUAGGUUUUUUGUGAAAGAUGAAAUCGACGAUUUGAAAACUGGAGAUGUAGCCGUCACUUCUGUUUAUUCUCUUUACGAGAUUGAAGAGACUCCUAGAAUUUGGGUGUGCGCAACAAUUGAAUCUGUGAUAGAUGACUGGUGCUAUCUACCAUGUCGAAGGUGCACUGGAAAAAUAAAAAAUACUGAUGAUAAAGUUGAGUGCACCAAAUGCAAGGGAACAGUUGGUAUUUAUCGGAUCUGUUUUGGUAUUUGUGAUGAUACUGCAAAUGCAACAUUAAUCUUAUGGGGUCGAGAGUGCGAACGAAUCAUUGGUAGGCAGUGUCAUUCGUUGAAGAGUGCCUUUGUUGAGCAGAACCCCAUGAGCUUUGAAUUGCCGGAGGAAGUGGAUAAUUUGGUCGGCAAAACAAUGUUGUUCAAGAAUGCGACUAUUGAGGAUGAAAUUUCAAGUCCUAUGAAGGUUAUUCAACAAGUUGUUUCUAUUGGUGAAUAA